GUUGUGAAAAAUAUGACAACAUUGUUUCAUUUUGGCAUAAUGAAUGAAGAGCAAGAAUGAGAGGUUGGCAUGAAACUCGUUCUUCAUCUUCUUGUGCAGCUUGCAAAUUGUUGAAAAGAAGAUGUAUUCCCACUUGUAUUUUUGCUCCUUAUUUUAGGUCUGAUGAGCCAAAGAAAUUUGCCAAAGUUCAUAAGGUUUUUGGGGCAAGUAAUGUUAGUAAGAUUUUGACUGAAGUUCCUGAAGAACAGAGAGAAGAUACUGUUAAUUCUUUGGCUUAUGAAGCUGAGGCCAGGCUUAGAGAUCCUGUUUACGGCUGCAUUGGUGCUAUAGCUUUGUUGCAGACUAAAAUGGUGGAGCUUCAACAUGAUCUUGCUCUUGCUAAAGCUCGUCUCGCUCGUUACGCUAAUAAUAACACUUCCUCUUCUUCUUCUUCUUCUUCUUGUGUAGAAAAUUGUGUUGUUAAUAUGUCUUAUGGUGGAUUGAGUUUCUCUGCUGAGCAGAGUUCUUCUGAUGAUAUCACCCAAUAUGGAUAUUUAUGUGAUUUCACCCAUUUUCCUUAUCCAUUUAAAGCUUGAAACUUUGUGAUCUCUCUUUCUCUCUGCCUCUAUCAUCAAGGUUUCUUCAAAGAUUUUUCUUUUCUGUUUAUGUAUAAUCAAUCAUCUGUUUAUUCCCAA